UGUGUGUCUCUCUCUUUCUCUCUCAAUCAACGACGCUACAGCGACCAGAGCCAAGAGUUGCCGUUCCGCGCACCCGAUGCCAAAACGCGCAGGAGGAGUCAGUGCCAAAGGGUCAUUGUAGCGCGCACCACUGCUGAGAUGGAAGGACUGUAGGGAACUCUAACGCAAACAGCUGCUACUUGACCCCCAACAUAGUAGAAUUGUGUCUGUAAAAAUUAAGAAAAGAAAACCGGGAAAAGGAGCUCAGCUGGAGCGAGUAUCCAUCACACUUGCAGGGGGAGUGCGUCUUACCUCAUCUGUCAGCGGGGUCGCCGUAGAGGUGGGCAGUCCAGGAUUUGUAUCCGCAAAAAAAAAGCUCAUCAAGACAUUUUGUUUAACCUGCGUGCACACAGCAGCUCAUCACAGCAGCAGUCGCUCGAAUCCUUAAAAACUACACUCUGGCUUCCUUGACCCAGGUGUUGCUUCCUUUGCGGGACACUGUGGACAAAGUGGUCAGCAUCAUCCUCGUUGCGCCCAAUUCCUCUCGAGCGCGCAUCAAAGUUAAGCCCAGAGACUGUUGACAGUGGAAGGAUACGGCUGCAGGGGAGGAGAGAGUCGGUCACCUGCGAUCCAGAGCAGACCGACACCACGGUCCAAGCCGACUCCAAGUGCCGUUCACCGGGCGAUGCCAGAGUAAAUGCCGGGGCAAUGUCCCGCCGCAAGCAGGUGAACCCGCAGCACUUAUCGUUGACGCACAGGGAGACAGUACAAGCAGAGGCCAAUCAUGACUCCUCGAGGGCGGGUUCUCCAUCCCCCGAGCCGUCCACCCCCAGCCCUCGGAGGCUGGGGCCCGGCGAGCACGACUUGCUGACCUGCGGCCAGUGCCAGACCAACUUCCCCCUCGGCGAAAUCCUGGUGUUCAUCGAACACAAGCGCCGCCUCUGCCGGGGGCCCGGCGGCGGGCCGCGGCCCUUCUCCAAGCACGGGGAGUCCGGCGGCGUCCUGGGCAUCCCCGUCUCCUCGCGGGCCCGGUCGCUGGAGCUGGGGAGAGGAGGGCCCAUCCCGGUGGAGGUGGGCAUCCAGGUGACCCCCGGGGGAGAGGACGACGAGCUCCGGAGGCUGACGCCGGCCAAGGGGAUUUGCCCCAAACAGGAAAGAGGAGGUACAGAGACUUCCACAAGCUUCAAUGCAGUUAGAAGAACAAACACGCAUCUCUAUUCUCAGGAUGCAGUUUUGAAGAGAGCUCUCUUGGCUGCAUCGAAACACAUAGAUAAAGAUGAGCCAUCCAGCUACAUCUGUACUACUUGUAAGCAGACCUUCAACAGCGCCUGGUUCCUGCUUCAGCAUGCCCAGCACAUUCACGGCAUCCGCAUCUACCUUGACAACCAUCUCGCUAACUGUUCCCUGACUCCCCGGAUGGCUCUGCCUCCCCCCCCUGGAGCCGAUGCCUUGCCCCGCUCUCCUCUCCCCACUUUCCUCGGCGACGCCAACAACCCGUUCCACCUCCUCCGCAUGGCUGCGCCCUUGCUCAGGGAACACCCCCCUCCCCCGGGGUACAUGGAGACCCGGAUUCCUGCAACGCCGCCCUUCGUGAGCCCUCCGCCUCCCCCGAGGCCGCCUCUAGAGCGGCUGGGCCCGGAGGAGAUGGGGCUCCUUUCACAGCACCCCAGUGCUUUUGAGAGGGUUAUGCGAAUGACCCCCAUGGAGCCUCCGUCCAUGGACUUCUCCCGUCGGCUGAGGGAGCUGGCGGGCAACACCACCAACAACGGUGGGCCGACACCUCCUCUCUCCCCCAACCGUGUGCCGCCCAUGCACCGCCUGCUGAGUCCCACGCUUUUCCAACCCGGCGCCAAGCCCCCGGCGUUUCUCUCCUUCGCAUCGCAGCCGCCCACCUCUCAGGGAGGCCACGGCUCCUCCAGCCCGCCAGACGGACAGGGCCAGAACCAGGCCCCGGGGAAAUCCAAAUCCUGCGAGUUCUGUGGCAAGAUCUUCAAGUUUCAGAGCAACUUGAUCGUCCACAGACGCAGUCACACCGGAGAGCGGCCGUACAAGUGCCAUCUGUGUGAUCAUGCCUGUUCCCAGGCCAGCAAGCUCAAAAGGCACAUGAAAACACAUAUGCACAACAAGUCUGGCACCAUGACCGACUCCCCGGGACAGGGAAGUCGAGGAGAGGGAGGAGAUGGCGAAGACAAAAACAGGGAGGGAGAACCAAGGGGGAUGGGGAUGGAAAAUGAGGAGGAAGAGGAGGAAGAGGAGGAAGAGGAAGAAGAGGAAGAGGAGGAAGAAGAAGAGCUGAGGAAUGGAAGUCGGCCAGAUUCCAACUUAAGUGAGGACUCCCAGGAAUUCCGCCCGAACAGGGAAAAUGGGCCGAGAGAGUCUCCUGGAGAUAAACCCCUGGGCGGGGACAGAGUCAACGACGGCGGCGGAGUACCCUUCAUGCACCCGUACAACCACAUGGACAAUCAUCUCAGACUUAACCCUAACAAGAGGGGCAUGGAGAGACAACCUAACGGGAAUGGCGGAGAGAGGGAUGAAGCAGAAAGAGAGAAUGAAAGGGAACCAGACAGGGAACGGCAGGAGCAGGUGGACAUGAGGCCUCAGAUGAACGGCAGGAUCAGCAUAUCUGAAGUGGAGUCCUUUCCCGGGCUCUUCCAGCGCCGGCCCACACCCAUAACCAGCCCAAGCCCUUCCAACAACAAGAGGAUCAAGAUAGAGAAGGAACAGCUGGAAAUUCCCCCAACCAUCCCGUUAAUCUCCCCGGAAAACGUCUACUCUCAACUCCUGGCCGGCUACGCUGCUUCACGGCAUUUCAUCAGAGAACCUUUCCUGGGAUUCACAGAUUCCCGCCAGUCGCCGUUCGCCACCUCCUCCGAGCACUCAUCCUCAGAGACGGGAAGCCUUCGCUUCUCCACCCCGCCCGGGGAGCUGAUGGAAGUGGGCAGUGCCUCAGGGCGCAGCGGUAGCAGCACCCCUCACCUCAUGCGGGGACCUGGACCCGGCAGGCCCCCCAGCUCCAAAGAUAGGAGGAACGACACCUGUGAGUACUGCGGAAAGGUGUUCAAGAACUGCAGCAACCUGACAGUCCACCGACGCAGCCACACGGGGGAACGGCCAUACAAGUGUGAACUGUGCAGCUACGCCUGCGCCCAGAGCUCCAAGCUGACGCGCCACAUGAAGACCCACGGCCAGUUUGGGAAAGAGGUUUAUCGCUGCGACAUCUGCCACAUGCCCUUCAGUGUCUACAGCACGCUGGAGAAACACAUGAAGAAGUGGCAUGGUGAACACUUGAUGGCCAGUGAGGUCAAAUUGGAGCAAGCGGACAGAGGUUAAGCCAGCAACCAUUAGUUAUACAGCAAACAGUGUACACAGACAUCCUCUCCCACACAAAGAAAAACACAGAUACAUGCAGACACAAAAUCCUUAUAACCACGUCUUCAGCAAUGGGGCUUGGUUGGAUUAUUUCCUCUUUUAAAACAAACAAAAAAAAAACAAAAAAAAUUUAAUCGAUUGAUGUUCAUAUUUUUUUUUUUUUCUUGUCACAUAAACUGCCGCCUGAGAAUAUAAACAAACAAAAACUUUAAUGAGAACUUGCCCGGAAUGCCCAUCCUGGUCUUUCUUGGCAAACUGUCGGAGGAUUUUAUCAGUUAGGAAUCCAUGGAGCCUUUCUACUGUGCAAUAAUUUCUGUAUUUAUUGGAUUUUUGUAAUGAUAUUUGGCAUGUGCAGGUAAAUCUUUGUGGGAUUUCAUAUGGAGUUAGUUUUGAAAUGUGCUAAAACAACUUUUUUUUUUUUUUUCUAAAGUGCGCUAACUGAAAAGUCACCCCUUAAUACAAAUUUUCUUUUGUUUCCUUUAAAAAAAAGCUUAUUAACCUGUGAGAAUAAAAUUUGUGCAAAAAGCGAUCAGCUUUUAAAAAUAGAAAUAAUUGUUUUCUAUAUUACCUGCAGCAGCGGAUUACAAUCCAUUCUCUCAUACAGGCACGAAGCACUGAAUGUCAUCCUGACAAUAAAACACAAUACAGUACUGGAUUUUAAAAAUCCAACAUUAUCUUAGAGACCCGUUAAUUUGCUAAUAAUUUAUUCAGGGAACUUUGUCCUCUUAAAAAUUGGCGAUUUCUGAAUAAUUUCAAAAUGCAGUGACUGUAUUGCUGUCCUUGCCUCGGCGGGGACAUAAAUAAAGGUUGCACUUAACUGAGAUACCCUUAACUGAUGCUUGGUACAUUCCCAAUGUAGGAUUAAACCAUCAUAUUUAAUGUGUUGAAUAAAUUAAGACUACUUGUGAUUAAUGUGAGAAGGAGAACAGUCCUGUUUAUGGUUUGUAAAUAUGUUCUUUCUUUUUUUUAUAUGUUAAAGUAGCCCUGACUGUACAUGAAAGAUGGCCUAAAAAUCUAAACGACCAGACGACCAGCUGCUUGCAUCAUACACAGUAUAUGCUACAUUUAACUACCAUACCUUAUUUUUUUUGUCAAGCACAUUCGAAUACCUCCCUCACAAACCCAUCCCAUGUGUUCUCACACGAUGGCAAUUGGUUAAACAAAGCCAUUUCAACAGUUGUAACACUCUCUAAAUCAUUCUCCAUCUCUCCGUUUUUGUAUGGUGCGGCAACUGCCUGCAACCCAGGUUGACUUCCUGUGUCCCCCGAAGACCCGCAAAAUGGUUUCAAAUGAAAUUCAUAUCGAUACGUGUCAGCGUGUGUUCUUCUCCUUUCGACAGCGUGCUAUAAGCCUCCCUCCGAUGGCGUCUUUUCACAGUUCACCAGCUCAGAUUCAUGCAUUAGAGCAGCUUUUAAAAGGAAGCCUGUUCAUUCGCCGCACACAAUGAUAUGGCUUUAACUCCCAGUAACAGAUUUUUGAGACAGUGUGCAUGUACGUGUCUUUUGGGGAUUACGCUUUUUAUUUUCUGCAUCGUUCAUCCCGAAAUGAAUCUAGUAUAACGAAAAAAAAAAAAAAAGGCAUAUGAGUUAUGAUAAUUUUGAGCACAGCUGCACUAGGGGGUGGCCGACGACCUUGAGCAGGGGCUAUUCUUAUAGCACAAAUGAAAGAUCGGAGCUGAGAAAUGAAGACGUGUGAGAAAGAAAUGGAGGGAGAGAGAGCAAGACCUUGACCAGGGAGAAUAGUCAUUCAAAUGAAAUUGGAAGCAUAUGAAACGUGUAUUUUUUUUUCUCUCUUCUCUUUUUUUUUGUACCCAAAUGCACAUCUACAGGCCACAUCUUAUAACAAACCAUCAGAUUGAGACAGUGAGUGUGAGAGGGAGGGAAACAGCUAAGCCACAUAAAAGGAGAAUGAGACUAUAUCUUUCAUUUCGGCACUGCAAUCCUCGGCCAUCAAAAUCAUCAUCACUUGAAAGUUUCGACCUGCCAUUUUGGCCUAUUGUCAAGUUUGAUCUGUCCCACUUUGCUUUGAUAGAAGAAAAAAAAAAAUGUUGCGCUUUAAAUGCAACCCCCCACCCCACCCAAAACCCCCAGUGUUUACAAAAGGAAAUGCUGAGGUCACAAGAGCUCUCCAUAAGCUAUAGUAGUUUGGUAUAUUUUAGUGAAUUAACACAAAAGGCGAGGACUUGCAGAGGAGCUACUCUGAGCGUGCUUCCACAUGUCGAUGCAUGAGUGCAAAAAUCAAGGUGCUGUUUUAAACGCACUGUGUAUUCAUUCCCCGCUCAGAACGAGGCCCCAACGAGCCAUACAGACACUCCGAGCGGUGGAUAGUGGAAAAUUCACAGAGACCCAAAUCACACAUGGACAUUCAGUCUUACGAUAUGUUUACAGUGUUGAAGUAUGCCAUUAAUGAAAUACUAUGUGUUAGUGUUUAAAAUGAUGAUAAAAGUAUUGUUUUCGCCAAUGUUCUUUCAAAUUAUUUGAAUGCCAUAGCAGUUUUUGUAUGAUUAUCCUGGUGGAGGGGUUUUAUCUACAUAAAUAUGUUUCAGUAUGAUUGCUUGUUCACUGUAAGGACUUUUUUUUUUUUUUUUUCAAAUGUAUUAUUGCAGAAUCAUGGCACAUUUUUUUUUUUUUUUUUUCUUUUUUUUAAUCUUUUCCAACAUCAUUGGUGCCAUUACUGAGCUGUGGUCUCUUUAUUUCUUUCGAGCUUUAGUUUCUUUAGAUUUUUUAUUUUUUUUAAAGAAAUCCUCUUUUGGUUUGGUGAAGCUUAUCCAUCGUGGAUGUAAAACAAAGUGAUGAAAAAAGAGGAACAUAAAUCUAAAGAGAUAACUUUCGGCAGGGGAAUACAGUAGAGUUUCUUUUUCUUUCCUUUUUGCCUAAACACUUUUACAAGACAUUCAUGGCCACUGUGUUUUUUCCGUUUGUUUUUCGUUUCUCAUGGUUGGUUGAAGGUCUUGUGAUGGCACUUACAACUGUAAUGUUGGAUGCAUUUUCAUAUUUGCUUUUCACGACUUUCACUUACUCCCUUUGUACAAAAUAGUUUCAUCGUUCUUUUUUUUUUGUUUGUUUUUUGGAGGGGGGGGUUGCAUCAUUGUGAAAAAAAAAGUGAUUUCAGAACAGUACACAUCUGCUGUUUUGAAAAUAUAUGUAUUUUUGUAAAGUGUUGAAAAAUCAAUACAAGAAAGCCAACACUUCAAUAAAUGUGGAAAUUGCUCUAUGAUUG